AUGAUGCGUACUUCGUUUGCAAUCCUCGCGGCGAUUAUCCCGCUAACAUUCACGUUUGGUGCUUCGGUAGAGAAUCUUCUGCCCAGAAACACCACCCAAAAGCAAGACCUUUCACCAGCUCAAUGUUGCGACGGCCUGAAGCGUAUCUUAGACCCUUCUAAAGUCCUUCUGCCAGGCUCCCCUGAGUAUGCGGCUCAGGAGGCCUCCUAUUACUCCGGCGAACAGGUCCUACAGUUCCCUGUCUGCCGAGUCGCACCCACCAGUCCCGAAGACGUCUCAAGUAUAAUCAAAUUUGCUACCACAAGUAACUGCAAUUUUGCCGUACGCUCGGGCGGUCAUAUGAACUGGGUUGGUUCAUCGAACAUCGGUCCCGAAGGGUUUACUAUCGACUUGGAGGACAUGAAGCAGAUUGAGCUUCUGGACGAUUCGAAGACUGUCUCUAUCUCCCCGGGAUUGACCUGGGCCGAUGUCUAUACCUUCUUACGUCCCCACAAUCUGCAUACUGCCGGGGGCCGGUCGUCCCACGUCGGUGUAGGUGGCUUCCUUCUUGGAGGUGGCAUCUCAUUCCUCUCCCUCGAGCACGGUUUCGGAAGCGACAACAUCAUCAACUACCAAAUCGUCUUAGCCGAUGGCUCGAUCGUCAACGCCAAUGAAGCCGAGCGAAGCGACCUGUACUGGGCUCUCAAAGGUGGUAGCACGAACUACGGCAUAGUUACCCGCUUUGACAUGGUGACGUUCCCGUUGGAUCAAAUGUGGGGAGGAUCUCUCUACUACAACAUCAGCCUGGGCCCUACCCUCCUCGAUUAUCUCGUCGGAUUUACGGAGAGACUCGCCGUCGAUGCCAAUGGCCUAUUCGCGCUGUCUAUCGCUUGGAACGCAGCCGAUAAUGAUUACCUCAUUUGGUCACCGAACGCCUACCUCGCACCUACACCCUUCCCAAGCCCACUCUACGAUGGACUCGAGGAAAUCCCGACGGUGCGCGAUACCAUGCGCAUCACAAACCUCGUAUCUGUCACAGACGAAAUCAAUAUGUCAUCCCCAGGCGGAAGCCGAACUCAGUGGUUCGCUUUGGUGUUCAAGGCAGACGCGACGCUGCCUUGGGAUAUCUAUCAGAAGGGCGCUGAUAUUAUGGCGCCGUUCCUUGGGAAGGAGGGGACCUCGUGGGCGCUCACGUUACAACCCAUUAAUGUCGGCAUGAUCGCUGCUGCUGCGAAUCGUGGAGGAAACCCAUUCGGUCUCACCGAAAAGGAUGGCGAUCUAUUCCUUCUUUUGAUAUCCAUCUUCUGGACUGACCCAGAGGACGACGGAAAGAUCAAGGCUACGACGCAAGACUUCCUGCGAUGGUCGACGGACACUGCCAAGCAGCGCAACCUUCUCAAUCGUUUCAUCUACUUGAACUACGCGUUGGAUACGCAGCCAGUCUUAGCGAGUUUCGGGGACGAGAACGUCAGGCGUAUGAAGGCUGUGCAGAAGAAGUACGAUCCAAAGGGUCUGCUCAAAGUGUGGAAAGGUGGAUACAAGCUUGACGAACUAUAG